AUGCCCCAAACAAGUCAGAUCCAACCUUCGAAGCCGCGUGAGAGCUUGAAGGAGCGGCAGCAGUGCCAAGUCGCCCAGAUUUUCAUCAAAAACAAAAUCCCCUACGUCUACUUCCUGGCGCCUAGCGUCACGUCAAGCAGCCCGGACUACAAUUCAAGCAGCUGGGUGAUCCCGGACGAAUACUUCGGACGGGCCGUCUGGCUACUCAAGAAGAAGGCCGACCCGCCAAAAUGCCUGCUCAAGAGGGACUGUGCCACGCGGAGCAAGCAGUUCCUGCGCCCUCUGGCCGACUACCACUUCCAUUCGGCCAAGUAUCCGACGGUGGAGGAGUUCCGCCGCGGCUGCCCCAUCUCCACCUCGAUCGACCUGUACAAGCAAUCGACUCUGCUGUGGAUGUUCCCCAGCCCGCCGAUCGGGUUUGUGACCCCGAGGAACCCGCACUACGAGGCGCGGGGGCUGCCCAAGCCCGGCUUGCGCAGCUACCUGCCCCUGGCCAACAAACUGCCCGUCACGGUGCUGACCUUCCCCAAGUACAUCGAGACCUUCAUCAUGCUGGCCUGCCGCGACUCCGCGGGCCACUGGUCGCUCAAGUUCUGGAUCGACUACCUCCUGUUCAUCCGACGGUACGAGGAAGGGGCGCGCCAGCGGGACCCGUCGCUCGCCGCCGACAAUGACAACGCGUUCCCGCUCUGGCGGAUGGAGACUAUCGACGAGCCCUACCGGGAGUACUAUAAGCGACUGGUCUACUACGACCACGACCGCAUCACGGACAACGACUGCGGCACCCAGAACCUGCGGUUCAUGCACUCGACCUUGACGGACCUGAUGCAUCUGCCCAAGGGGGACGGGAAGCUGCUGUGGUGCUGCUGGGGGAAGCCGGUCCAGGUCCACCAGCGGCAGCCCCGGCCGCCGUGGAAGACGGUCCGGAGUCAGGGCUUCGCCCGCCCGGAGCUGGAUCUGCAGAGGCUCGGCACCGAGCAUCGUUGUGUGCAUAAGUUGCUGCUUGAGCCGCCUACGCUUCUUGAGGCUUCUAGGCCUCCAGGAGCUCCUCGGCGCCUUGAGCCUCCUGAGCUUCCUGCGCUUUCUGCGCCGCGUGCAAGUAGUUCUGUUUAUUCGGAUUAG